UAAGAAAGAAAAAAUUGAACUGUAGAAGUACUACGGUUCCUCUAGAUUCUAGGGUUUCUCUUUCAUUUUCUACUAAAAAAGCCAGGGGAGCGGUUCCUUCCAACUUCUUUUUCCCUCUCCGCUCCCUUCCCUUCCCUUCAAUUUCCUUCAACUUUCUCGCCAAUUGCCCCAUGCUUUUCCCUCCUGCCAAACAGAUCCCUUCUUCAUACUCCUGUCUCGGACCUUCUUUCUCUCUCCCAAUCCCUCUUUUCUUCUUCUCUUUUUCAAUUCCUCAUCUCUAAAAUUACAGCUUUGGCCCCCCAACCUCAAUGCAGCUCCCCGAUUCCACCGACAUCAUUGACAACCUCCCGGAGAAUCCCGACCAAAAACUCAACCAACCCAAAGACGAAAGCCACGACGACGAUAAUGACUCUAAUAGCACAGCCGAAGCCGCCGCCGUCGAUGGCAACGAUGACAACAACAACCGUAGCAAUGGUUGUACCGAUGGAGACUCAGUUCUCGAUGUUUCCGGGAAAAGCGUGGAGUUUUCUAUAUUGGGGGACUCGAAGGAGUCCGUGGACGGGCUUUAUUUGUACAAGAACGUGUUCAAUUUGAUUCCGAAAUCGGUUGGGGCGUUAAGUCGGUUAAGGAAUUUGAAGUUCUUUGGAAAUGAAAUUAAUUUGUUUCCGUCGGAAGUGGGGGGUUUGGUAGGGUUAGAGUGUUUACAGGUGAAGAUAUCGUCACCAGGUUUCAAUGGGAUGUCUUUAAGCAAGUUGAAAGGGUUGAAAGAGCUGGAACUUAGUAGGGUUCCACCUCGUUCUUCGGUUUUGACUCUCUUGAGUGAGAUUUCUGGGCUUAAGUGCUUGACGAAGCUUUCCGUUUGUUAUUUUUCCAUUAGAUAUCUUCCUCCAGAAAUUGGAUGCUUAAAGAAUUUGGAAUAUCUGGAUCUGUCAUUCAAUAAGAUAAAGAGUUUGCCAAUUGAAAUUAGUUAUUUGAAUGAUUUGAUAUCGCUGAAAGUUGCCAAUAAUAAAUUGGUGGAAUUGCCUUUGGGCUUGUCCUCAUUACAAAGAUUGGAGAACUUGGACUUAUCAAAUAAUAGGUUGACGUCACUGGGGUCUCUUGAGCUUAGCCUAAUGCCUAACCUUCAGACUUUGAAUCUUCAGUAUAAUAAACUUGUAAGCUGUUUUCAAACACCUUCUUGGAUAUGCUGCAAUUUGGAAGGAAAUGGCAGAGCUGUCUCCAGUGAUGAGUUUACCAGUUCUUCAGUUGAAAUGGAUGUAUAUGAAACUACUGGUCAGGAUAAUGAUGGAAGUGUGUCUUAUAAUGGCUCUCAUAAGACCUCAUCAGGCAUCUUAACCGUGCCAUUGGCAAAUAGUAGAUAUAUUGCAGCUCGGAGAUCAAGUAAACGAUGGAAGAGGAGACAUUAUCUGCAGCAAAGAGCUCGACAAGAACGUCUAAACAACAGCAGAAAGUGGAAAGGGGAAGGACAUGCUGAGGUGCAUACUGUGAAGGCAGGUGGAGAAUAUCCAGGUGAUAAUGAUGUCCUUGCCUCAAGUACUGGUAUAGAAGCUGCAUCUGAACUUGUAGGUAAAGAUGAUGAUAAGCCAUUACAUAUAUUAGAAGCCAAAAAUGAAAAAAUCAGUAGUGUUAGGCUUGAGGAUGAUACAGUUACUUAUGAAAAGAGGCUUGAAGUGAAAAAUAGUACCUCAGAUGGUUAUGAGUCAAGAAGUAAAGGGAGUGAAGAUGAGUGUUCACGGCUUGAUGCAUCUUUGGCCCUAGUAAGAGGAGCUAUUGAACAGGACGAAGGUUCAUCCUCAGAAAUAUCCAAGUCAAAUUUUAAGUCGAAACGGCAAUCUGAUCGGGAUCUUAGUAAUCCAAAACCAUGCAAGUCUCGAAAACCAGCAGAUUAUUGCUCCAAUCUAUCACGAAAGUAUAGUACCACUUCAUUUUGUGGAACUGAAGACUACCUACCAGAUGGCUUUUAUGAUGCCGGACGUGAUCGCCCCUUCAUGCCAUUGAGUAGCUAUGAGCAGAUCUUUCAUCUCGAAUCACGUGAAGUAAUUCUUGUUGACAGGGAAAGAGAUGAAGAGCUGGAUGCAAUUGCUCUCUCUGCUCAAGCUUUGGUCUUUCAUUUGAAGCACUUGAAUGGCUUAGCUAAAGAUAAAGAGCGGGUUCCCGUUGAUAACUUUCAGAUAGCAUCUUUGCUUGCUCUUUUUAUUUCUGACCAUUUUGGAGGGAGUGAUAGAAGUGGUAUGGUUGAAAGGACUCGAAAAGCGGUAUCUGGUUCUAAUUACAAGAAGCCUUUCAUUUGCACCUGUACAACCGGAAAUGGUGACAGUGCUUGUGCGUCAAACAAGACCUUGAAUACUGUAGAAGAUAUUGUAUUCUCUGAUCUCUGUGAGAGAUCUUUACGGUCAAUAAAGUCAAGGAGGAAAUCUAUCGUUGUUCCAUUAGGUACCCUUCAAUUUGGAGUGUGUAGGCAUAGAGCACUGCUCAUGAAGUAUUUAUGUGAUCGAAUGGAACCACCAGUUCCUUGUGAGCUUAUCAGGGGCUACUUGGAUUUUAUGCCCCAUGCCUGGAAUAUCAUUCCCAUAAAGAGAGGGGAUUCAUGGGUUCGCCUGGUGGUUGAUGCUUGUCAUCCGCAUGACAUACGUGAAGAGAUAGAUCCUGAAUACUUUUGCAGAUACAUACCCCUUAGUCGAACAAAAGUACCUGUUACAUCUGAAAGCAUUCCUGUGUUGAGUUCCUUCCCUUCUUUGACCACAAGUGAUGAAAUUGAAAGAGUGGCCUCCAGUUCUCUCCUUCGGUGCAAAUUUGGAUCAUUGGAUGCUGCAGCGAAGGUGCGUACUCUAGAAAUUAAUGGUGCUUCAUUAGAUGAGGUUAAAAAUUUUGAGUACAGUUGCCUGGGGGAAGUAAGAAUACUGGGUGCUUUGAAACACGCCUGCAUAGUAGAAAUGUAUGGACAUCAAAUAACCUCAAAGUGGAUUUCUGUGGGAGAUGGAGAAGCGGAGCAUCGAAUCUUGCAGUCUACAAUUUUAAUGGAAUACAUGAAAGGAGGAUCCUUGAAGACUCAUAUUGAGAAACUAGCUAAAGCUGGUGAGAAACAUAUCCCUGUGGAUUUUGCCUUGUGUAUUGCACGUGAUGUUGCGUCUGCAUUGGCCGAGUUGCACUCAAAGCACAUUAUUCAUCGUGAUAUAAAAAGUGAAAACAUUCUGAUUGAUUUGGAUGGAAAGAGAGUUGAUGGGAGCCCUGUUGUGAAGCUCUGUGAUUUUGAUAGAGCAGUACCUCUUAGGUCUUCCCUGCAUACAUGUUGUAUUGCUCAUUUAGGGAUACCUCCUCCAGAUGUUUGUGUUGGAACACCUCGUUGGAUGGCUCCUGAGGUUCUAGGCGCAAUGCAUAAGCGUAAUCCUUAUGGGCUGGAGGUGGACAUUUGGUCAUUUGGAUGCCUGCUUUAUGAAUUGUUGACUCUCCAAGUUCCGUAUUCUGGGUUAUCUGAGCUUCACAUUCAUGAACUUAUUCAGAUGGGUGAGCGUCCACGACUACCUGAAGAGCUGGAGGCAUUGGAAUUGACUGAAAGUGUAAUGACCCAAUCUGAAACAGAGGCUGAAACAGAAACACUUAGAUUUCUUGUUGAUAUCUUCCGUAAAUGUACAGAGGAGAAUCCCGUUGAUCGCCCAACAGCCAACAACCUUUAUGAUAUGUUGGUCAAACACACAAAUGAUUUCAGGAAUUCGAGUUAAGAACAUGUAGGUUGGCCGAUUUUAAUAAUUAAUGCCCCUCAUUGUUAGCCUGAAUAUGUUAUUUCAUUAUAUUUAAUGUGUAUUCCAUUGGGAAUCAGAGUUUGGGUCUCUUCAGGAAUUAAUUACCCACACAAGUAGUUGCACUGACUAGGAUUAGCAGCCUGACUUAGUUUUGUUGUGUACUAGCAAUAAAAACAAGGAGUUAGAUGUAUCCAGCAUGUUAUCUGUAAUGUUAUUGAGAUCUGUAAAUUUUUGUAGGUAGUUGAUUUUGGUUGUCCAAUCCAUAGUUAUUAAUGAAUCUAGUUCACAAUGUAUUAUGUACCAAAUUUCCCCGUUAUUGCUUGUAUUUUUCAGAAUGAGUCCUUUGAAAUGUGGCAUUCAAUUUCAGUA